AUGUGUCAGUUCAAAGGUAAAAUUUUACUAGAUUCAUUUCCAGAUGAGGAUGUUGAUGUUGAAGCUGGGACACACACACUUGUGGCAAGAUAUGACGUUUUACCUGUAUUAGCGGAGGAAAUCAAAGUGCCACUUGUUACUAUAUGCGGAAGCCGAAUGAUUGUAAACAUUUUCAUAUGUGUUACUGAAGGCAGAAUCCGACCAAUUGUUGCUAUCCUGAUCGACUUCACUAGUUGUCGAACGUCAAUUGUAUGUGGAAGCAUUAUAUUGUCAGUGACCUUCCUUGUCAGUUCUUUCAUUGAUGAUAUUAACUAUCUUAUACUCACUCUGGGAAUUUGUGGAGGUGCCGCAAACUCCAUGAUUUCAACUCCUUUCAGUAUAGUUCUGGGUUACUAUUUUGAAAAGCGCAGGAACCUUGUUAUCGCCCUGUCAAUUUCUGUUGUUGGCCUUGGAAUGUUUAUCGCUACCCCUUUGUCUGUAUAUCUGCUACAAAAUGAUGGCCUAAAGGGUACAUUUAUAAUUGUUGGUGCAUUUAAUGCUCACAUUUGUAUUUGUGGUGUAAUUUGUAGACCUUCAAAUGAAGAAAUUGCCAUUCAGAAACAGAAGAAAAAUAUACCUGGAAGAGAUUCAAAUGGAGAAAUCCAGCAACGAAGCGUCAAAGUUACCGAUAAAAUCAGCAAUUGCUUUAAACGCAUCAACACAAAUCUCUUGAGAAAUGUACCGUUCAUGUUAUUCUUGUUAAGUACGGCUACAUGGAAUUUCACGGAAUCAGUAUGUUUGCUGCAUUUACCAAAUUACAUGUCUAGUAAAGGCCAUUCGGAGGGCUCAAUCAGUAUCCUUAUGAUAAUUUAUGGAGUGAGUAAUACAGUAGGACGAUUCUUAUCUGCAUUAACUACUGAGACAGCAGCUGGUUUUGAUACUUUGAAGGUUCAUAUAGUGACGUUAGCUUUAGCCGGUGUCGUGACCUUGACUUUUCGCCUAUACAGUGACUUUGAUAACGCCGUUUAUGUUUAUGCAGCAUGUUCUGCUAUAUUUACUGGAUUUCCAAAUUCUGUUAUGUCAUCAAUCACUAUUCGUCUCGUCGGGUUGAAGGAUUUUUCUACAGGGCAUGGAAUGGAGCUUUUCUUCUGUGGUAUAGGCAUCUUGACAGGACCACCUCUAGCAGGUUAUAUAUUUGAGAUGACGAAAUCAUAUGAGAACAGUUUUCUACUAUCAGGGUCGGUGAUAAUGGCUGGAAGCUUUCUAGCGAUUCUAUCAUCUUUGUUGGCACCAGGAAAGGUUACUGGCGGUGUUGAGACAAACCUUGGUCCCGGCAUGAAGAUUGGUAGCUUAACCGAUAUUCGUAGUGUUGUAACUCCAUCGGGCGAGGGAUGCGCAGGUAGUCUGCCUGGGCAACAGGAACGUAAAAAUGAUAUAAUGGAGUCAGUGAUGUAGAUUUUAUGACAGCCGCUACAAGUUUAUUUACGUUUAAAGUGGUGAUAAUAGCGACUCUGUACAACUGUUUACAAAACGCCUUUUUAUUUUCUUUGAAGUGAUCAUAAUUUGGGGAGGGGAUAAACAGAUAUGUCACCAUGUCUGAAAUAUAAGUUUUUUACAUUUUGUAUUUUUUGUAUUUUGUUUGUUUGUUUUUUUAUUUUAUUGCU